AAUAUUCAAGAAUGCUGUAAUAUAAAUGGGUCCUGCUACAGACAAGGUAGACCUUAGCACAACACAAUCUGAUCUUAUGGUGUUACAAGAAAAAGGAUUUAUAUUAGAGAAAAUGAUCGGAGAAGGUUCUUACGCUAAGGUUUACAAAUCAACACAUAUGGUCGAUGAGACACGGCACGCUGUAAUGGCCUGUAAAGUGAUAGACACGGCGCAAGCUCCGCGCGACUACCUCACUAAGUUCUUACCACGCGAAUUAGAUGUCUUAAUACGAAUAAACCAUCCUCACAUUGUUCACGUGUCAAAUAUUUUCCAACGGCGAGCUAAAUACUUCAUUUUUCUACGUUUCGCAGAAAACGGCGAUUUACUAGAUUUUUUGACACAAAACGGCGCUGUGCCAGAGAACCAAAGCAGACUAUGGAUGAGGCAGAUUUUAUCAGGAAUUCACUACAUACACACGAUGAACAUAGCACAUAGAGAUUUAAAAUGUGAAAAUAUAUUGAUCACAUCAAAUUAUAAUGUGAAGAUUACUGAUUUCGGUUUCGCUCGCGCUGUGCGUUCUCGCGGCCACGACAUAUUGAGCGAGACGUACUGUGGUUCCCUGUCCUACGCAGCUCCCGAAGUGUUGAAAGGAGUGCCGUAUCUGCCCAAGCACGCCGAUAUGUGGUCCAUUGGCAUCAUCCUGUACACGAUGCUUAACAAAGCUUUGCCUUUCAAUGAGACGUCAGUUAAGAAACUCUAUGAGAAGCAGGUGAUGCGUAAAUGGCGAUUUCGUACAAGCGUAGUUAAUCAACUGUCGACUGAGUGCAAACAUCAAGUAACUGCUUUGAUGGAGCCUGACCCUAAGUCCCGGCCCAAUGCUGGGAGCAUCUUCAAUGGACCGUGGAUGGGGAUGGAUCCGAGGCUCACAAAGUUAACAUUUCUAGAAGAUUCGUUACUGAAGCAGGCACACGAAGAGGCACAAAAGAGAGAUAAGGAGGCAGAGGAAGAAAGUGAGGUGGAGAGAAUUGCUGAGCUGCGGCGCAAAGGACGUGGUAAAGAGGGCCUGAAGAUAUUAAAGAAUGUCGAACAACUAUAUGUCAAAUCACAACAGUUAUUUGAUGCACAAUAAUUUUCAAAUAUUAAAAAAAAUGAAAAUCAGUAAUUGUGUUCAUUCAGUAUUUAUUAAACUUUUAAAAUUCUUUAUUUUUAUAUUUUUUUAAGAUAUUGUAAAAAUGUUUUAAUACGUAAUUGUACAAAGACUUUGUUGUUUUAAUGAUAUACAUUAGUGAAAUUAUUCACUCACUAGUUUUUAACUCGUAUUUAUAAAGCCUAUGGAAGACGAGGGACUAUCGUAAAGGGCUUACAACAUUUAUAACAUUUGGCACAACGUGGUAGGAACAGGAUUGUGGACUAUACUAUUGCCUGAGAAAAUUUGUAAACUGUUUUAAAUUUCAUCUUGAACAUUGUGCGUAAUUAGAAACAUAAAUAAGGGAUUACUUUACUCAAAUCGAUAUAAACAAAUGCUUUAUUUGUAAUAUGCGUAACAAGAGGCUGUCUGUAACCAGAUAACUGCUUAUAAUAAUAUAUUUAUAUUAUUAUUUAUAAUACAUUUCUUAAACAAACAUGAAGACUUAUAAGAAACAACUAUUUAAGCCGCCUCAAUUCUAUCUAAGUAAAUAUAUUAUAAACCGGUAUAAUCUCUUACAUAGUACAUUACUUCCAAGGAAAUGGAAAAGAGACCAGAUUAAUAUUGUCGCCUUUCAGUCGAUUCCUAAUAAGCUACUUAAUUACUUGUAAAAAGCUCUAAGUACUGCAAAACUUUUAACAACUGUAUAAUACUUAUUAUAAUGAAAAGUCAGCUGAAUAUGUUCACUUCUAAAAAGGAUUUCAUUAUGAAACAAACUCAUGGAAUGUCUAUUGCUCGCUUGAUAAUGUGAAGUCCUUUAUUUUCGAUCAAUAUUAUCUCAAUCAGCACAUAAGUCUUCAACAAUAAUGAUUUAGCUAUAAAAUUAUAGUUAAAAUAAAUAUUUUUAUUGAUACAUGAAUUACAUUAACAUUUAUGUAUGUUGUCUUGAUCUUGAUGCUUCAAUUAUUAUUUCCUUCAAUAACAAGAAAAUAGAUACUGAUAAAUAAAUAUUGAUGACCUGAAUAAAACUUACAGCAAGAAGUUGAUUUUUCAUGAUUUUUGGCAGUUGUAUUCAAUACACAUUAAUCCAUUUAAAAAACUACAUUAGGUAUCUUUAUAUUUGAAUGUAUACCUUGGACAUAAUUUUAACUUUGAGGACUAAAUCUUAAAUAUCCAUUUUUAGGGCCGAAUCGCCAAAAUAUAUAAUUUAGCACCAACACACUCUCGAAAUAAGAUAAAGACCUCAAUUAAAACUUUAACUACCGUUAAAACAUUUACCACAACGAAUAUUCUCUUAUUACAUACUUAUACA